AUGGGUCACUUAGCAUCGAUUGCAUUGUACCUCUCAGUGCUUGUCUCACUGUCAUUUUGUGUAGAAAAAGCUAGAUUUGAUUUUUAUCGAGUUUAUGAAGCUACAGCAAGUGAUGAGAUCCAUUUGAAGAUCUUUCAACAAAUUUUGGACUAUCCUGAUGGGUACAAAUUCAUGACGACCCCAAAAAUGCUUAUAGGAUCAACAGCACAACUUAUUGUACCACCCCAUAAAUUUGGAGAAUGGAGUGAGUGGGUCGAAAAUUUUAAAAUCGAGGUUAAGCUACUGAGUAAUAACUUACAAGAAAUGAUCGAUAAAGAAGAUGCAGCAAAUCAACGACAACGUCGUACAGGUGUCUACGAUUGGUCUACAUACAGAAGAUUGAAUGAGACCUAUGCUUGGAUGGAAAGCCUCGCUGCUUCUCUUCCUAAUGACAUUUCAACCUUUAUUGUUGGGAAAUCUUAUGAAGGAAGAGACAUCAAAGGGCUAAGAGUCAAUAUUGGAAAUGCAAUUGGCAAGCCGUCAAUUUUCUUCGAAAGCAACAUUCAUGCAAAUGAAUGGAUUGGAAGUUAUGCUACAACUUAUAUUAUGAAUCAGCUACUGACUUCUGAGCAUGAAGAUGUAAAGGCGUUAUUGGAAUCAUUCGAAUGGUGGUUCCUUCCAAUCCUAAAUAUUGAUGGAUACGAGUACACGUGGAAUGUCGAUAGAACAUGGCGUAAAACCAGAAGGCCAACACAGAAUCCACUUUGUCAUGGAGCAGAUCCUAAUAGGAAUUCUGAUGUGUCUUGGGGAGCUUUUGGUGGCAGUUCCCUACCAUGCUCAGCUAUUUAUUAUGGUGAUCAUGUCUUUUCAGAAGUGGAAAUGAAACAGUUUUCAGAAUUUAUUCCAACUGUUCCUAAUUUAUUUGGAUACAUUUCAUUCCAUUCAUAUGGUCAAUACAUCAUGACACCUUAUGCAGUCUCAAGAAAUGCUGCUGAUGACUUUGAAUUGAUUAAUGAAAUUGGCGCAAAAGCAAAGGAUGCAAUUUCAGCAAUUAGAGGAACAGAAUACAGCGUUGGAUCUAUGAGUGACUUCUUUGGACUUAUUGCUGGAACAUCAGUUGAUUAUGUGGCAAUCAAUCAGAAACCAAAGCUAGCUUAUUGCUAUGAAAUUUCAGAUACUCACAUUGUAGCGACUGAAGAGAUUCAGGCAAUAGGAGAGGAACUAUUUGCUUCAGUUAAGGCUAUUUUCAAAGAAGCAAUAACUCGUGAACUUGUCUAAUUUUACCGUUAAAAAAUAAAGCAUAAUGAUUUCAAUAAAUACCUGCACUUAUUAAAGACCAAAUAUUAUGUUUUGAGCACUA